AUGGAUCCUGAGGAGUUAGAACUGCAGAAUGACUACCGCUACCGUAGCUAUGCGGCGGUUAUUGAGAAGGCGCUGCGAAACUUUGAGUCCUCGAGUGAGUGGGCCGAUCUCAUCUCCUCCCUGGGGAAGCUCAAUAAGGCUCUGCAGAGUAACCUUCGCUACUCCCUCCUGCCGAAGAGGCUGAUCAUAGGGAAGCGUCUCUCACAGUGUCUACACCCCGCACUUCCGAGCGGAGUACACCUCAAGGCUCUGGAGACAUAUGAGGUCAUUUUCAAAAUCAUUGGAUCAAAAUGGCUGGCCAAGGAUCUGUUCAUUUACAGCUCAGGAUUGUUCCCGCUGUUGGGCCAUGCAGCCAUGGCAGUGAAGCCCAUGUUGCUGACUCUGUACGAGCGCUACUAUCUCCCGUUGCAGAGGGCUCUGCUGCCAAGUCUCCAGGCCUUCAUCACAGGACUGCUGCCAGGCCUGGAGGAGGGGCUGGAGGUUUACGACAGGACUGACGCCUUGUUGCUCCGCCUGUCCCUCCUAGUGGGUCAGCAGGUGUUCUACGGUGCGCUGUGGGGCAGCAUGCUGGUCACUCCCAUGGUGCGGCUGCCUGCCUCCGUCUUCAUAGUCACACAUUUUGACUCCCUGCGUCAGCAAAAACACAUGCUGGGCUACGACCACAGGAUGGUGAUAAAGUCGGUGUGUCUUUCUCUGCAAGACUCAAAUGUCCUGGUACAGAGGAACAUGCUGGAAAUCCUGCUCUACUUUUUCCCCUUUGCUACAUGCCUGGACACAGAGGAGUCCGCUAUUGCCUUGAGUCAGGAAGAGAUGACAGCAGUGGUGUCUGCAGCCUCACUCACUCUCCUCCGCAGAGACAUGUCCCUCAACAGACGCCUCUAUGCCUGGCUCCUAGGAACGGACAAAAAAGGAGCAAUGGUGGCACCUCAUCCCACCCUCUCUGCUACCACUGAGGAGCAUACAACAUUCUACUUCAACACCUACUCCAGAGAUAUCCUUGUGCAGGCCCUGAUUAACAUCCUCAAACAGAAGGAUGUGGAGAGCAACCCAGAGAAUGUGAUUGGGCACCUUAAGCCCUUCCGCAUCAUAAUCAGUCUGCUGGAUAAACCGGAGAUAGGUCCAGUGGUCUUGAACAGUGUUUUGUUGGAGGUGGUGCGAGCUUUCUACAGCUACUGUCGAGAGAUGGUGGGAGAGGAAAGCAUCACCAGCUCAGGGCUCGCAGGCAACCAGCUAGCCAGUAGGAUCAAAGAGAACAGAAAUGCAUCAGAGAUCAUAAAGACGGUGAACAUGCUUGUGAGCACCAUGAACAGUGAAUACCUGUGGGAGUACAUGACCCGGCGCUUCUGCACCUCUCUCGGUGACAAAGAUGACCCACCCACGCCUCCUCAGCAUGAGCGCACUCAGCCUGCUCCGUCUGUCACAGAGAUGUCUACGCUCAUCAUCUUCCUGCUUGACGUUCUCCCUCUGGAGCUCCAUGCUGACAUUCAGUCCCAGUUCCUCCCUGAGAUACUGGGUACCAUGCUGCGGACCCUGCACAGCCACAUGGACUCCAUCAGCCUGGAAGAUGUCACCCAGGGUCUCCGCACCUCCUUCAAGGUCCUGAGUAAGAUCCAGAUGCCUGUAGCUUAUAUGGACAAUGAGGCAGGGUCCCAGACAGAAGAGCUGGAGUUUCAGUCAGCGGAGGAGGAAAGCAAAACAAAUCAGGGUAUUGAGAAGGAGGGAGAGGAGGAUGGCAAGGUUGGCAAGGUUGGCCAGGUUAAUGGUCACCAUGCAGAGGAGGAGCUGAAGAGAGAUGGAGGAGAGGAGGCAAACGGUGUUUACCCAACACUCAGGUCUGAAGACAGCGGAUUGGGAAUCAGCGCCUCACCAUCAGAGCAGCAUCUCCCACGAGUCAUGGGGAUCAGGGAGGAGGGAAAUGGAGUUUGCAAAGAAGCCGAGGGAGUAUGGAGGAGGGGAGGCAGCGUAGACAACAUGAGCCAGUGUCUGCAGGACAUCCUGGCCUUCAUAAGCACCAGAUACCUGCUGGUGCAGGUGGAGGACGUCAGGGCAUCGGAGAAAGAAGCUCAGCCCGACCUUACUGCUGCUUCUAUGCAUCAGAAGACAUCGGUACAGGCCAAAGGUGGGCGGGAAAUGAAAGACAAACUGAGUGAACUGUUCAAUCCACACAAGUUUAAACCCCACCCUGUAUCUGAAGGCCCGCCCCCAGCAGCCCCCACAGAGAAGAAGAAGGAGCGGGGGCAUCUGGACUGGGCGGCCGGCUUCAUGCCCCGCAGCAGGGCGGAGAUCUCUGAGGCCGGUCGACAGGCUUUCACCGCCACCUGCCACCUGCUGCUGGAGUGCACCACCUUCCCCGUCUACCUGAGCGAAAAGGAGACUCUGGAUCUCCACACUCACAUGUUUGGCAACACAGGUGGGAUGGAUGUGGACAGCCUACCUGUGUGGUUGAGGUCCUUGAUGAUACUGUGCUGCCUGUCCAGAGACUACAACAUCCAGCACACUGCAGUGUCCUCCCUGUUGGAGCUCAUCAACCAUUCCCAGUCCUUAGCGCUGGUCAUCCAGGACAAACACAAGCGCUACCAAAGAUCUGAGUCCAACCCUCUGAGUGAGCGGCUGCAGAUGGUCACUGUGCCCCCCAUCUACCCUGCUAUGCUUCGUGUCGUAGAGGAAGGCACAGAUUUCUACCAGAGGGUGUCCCAGGUUCUGUGGAACCAGCUGGACACGGAGAGGAGAGAGCAGCACAUUUCCUGUGUGGAGCUCUUUUACAGGCUUCACUGUUUGGCUCCAUCGGCGUCCAUCUGUGAAGACAUCAUCUGCCAGGCGCUACUGCACAAAGACAAGUCUGUUAGGCUGGAAGCACUACACCGCUUCACUGUUCUGUGGCACCUGACCCGGGAGAUCCAGACCAACAGGAUCACGUCUAUUAAUCGCUCAUUUGACCGGUCUCUGUGUGUUGUGGUGGACAGUCUGAGCUGUACAGACGGAUCAAUCAGUGCAGCAGCUCAGUGCUGGCUGAUCAGGGCUCUGUCCCUCAAUGAUGUCAUCCGGAUCCUGGAGCCCAUCCUGCUGAUGCUACUCCACCCCUCCACACAGCGCUGCUCCAUUCAGAGCAUCAAACAGAAUCUCACUGCUGGUAAUGUGAAAGCUCUGAACAACAGAAGUCGAAGCUCCACCAAAACAUCUGGGACAUCUCCAGAUUCCAUGGCAACAGAGGUCACCACCUUAAAUCUCAUGAACAUUCUGGACCGGGAAGCCCUGUGGGCAGAGCUGGAAAGCGGGUCGGAGCUGGCCAAAGAACCAGACACUUUAGCGUUAUCUAGGAGUGUGAGCGAAGUGACAGAAGAGGAGGAUAGAGAGGAGGAGGAGGAGGAGGAGGAGGAGGAAGCAGAGAGCGAACACACUGAGUCAGCUGACACUAGUGGUGCCCAGUUAUCCACCGAGAACUCCAGCUCCGGCUCUGUCCCCAGCACUGAGGAAGCAGGAGUGCUCAACGGCCUGCGGAGGAUAGAGUCCGGUCACACACAGGCGUCUGAUUCACUGUCAAGCGAGGAUGAGGAAGAUUUGGAGCUGGAGGCAAUAGCCCGGUCUCGCCUGUUGAAACAGGAGCGUGAGAAGAGAGAGGCCAUUGACUCUCUGUUCCGCCAUGUGCUCCUGUACCCUGUGGCGGGCGGGUGGCGCCAUCUGCUGCAAGGCUUGGCUCUUUUAGACAGUCUGAUGAGGAGCAGUGCUGAGUGUCCUCUGGUGGACGCACUCUCCUACACUUCUCUGGACACAAGCUCUGCUGCACAUUUAAACCUGGUCUCCAACCUCCUGCAGCGCCACCAGCAGGCUCAGGGAGGUCAGGGCUUCUACGGCGGCCUCCUCUCUCCUUCCUCCUCCCCCUCUGUGCCCCCAUCCCAGCUCAUUGAACUGCUAGUGUCCUUGUGCCUGAGGUUCCUGCGCUCACAAUACCCUUCCUAUCUGAGCCUGGGUCCCCUUGACCUGCAGGGAAACAGGGAGGUUCAGGUGAAGAGUGUGGGGGUGCUGACCCGCAUGGUGAACCAGCUCGGCUGCAUCGCACAGGGACAAGAGGGCAACGGGGCCAGUAUGGAGCCCAUCCGCAGACUCCUGUCAGAGUGUAAAGUGCAGCAAUAUGCUCUGCUUACACUUUCCGCAUCCAUGUAUGCCGGUCAGAGGGGAACGGACAAGGGACCCCCAAAGGGUGUGGAGCUGCUGGAGGAGCAGGGCGGCCUGUCGGAGGAGAGUCUGGUGAAUCUUGGAGCAGGAGGCGGACAGGAACAGUACCCCUUGCAAAUGGAGUUACUGAAACUCCUCCAGGCUCUCAUAGUGUUGGAGUACCAUGUGUGCGGGGCUGCCUCGGCGUCUGGCCAGCCCGCAGAGCCUCGUGAAUCCCCAACUGCCACCACCCCGCUGGCUCGUGAAUGGCAAACUGCGGUUCUUUUUCAGCAGUCCAUCAAGGCCGCCCAGUACGUCCAGAGCCAUCCCAUCACAGCGCAGGGAAUGUUUGUUUCUGCCGCAGCCAGGGCACUGCAGCCACAGUACGGCUACUCCAUGCACCCCCACUGGGUGUCACUGCUGUGCUCCUCGCUGCCAUACCUGGGUCGAUCGUUAGGCAUCAUUGUGGCUCCACUCAUCAGUCAGAUCUGCAGGAACUUGGACGAGCUGGUCAAGCUUUACGAGCAUGAUGGAGGGAAGACAAACCCGAGCCUGAGUGGUAGAAGGGAAAACAUUUCCCCUGAUUACCCUCUCACUCUGCUGGAGGGCCUGACCACCAUUACACACUAUUGUCUACUGGACAACAAGAGGUCUUUUGUGGCCUGCGAUCCUAUGGAUGUUCGGAAUGCACGCAACGCUGUGAUCGAGGCACUACCGGACAUGCUCAGUAGCAUGGCGUUGUUGUGGGGAGUUGUCAUGAGGGAAGAGCUUCAGACGCGUGGAGCAGACACUGUCCAGAGCAGCAGACAUACUUCUACCUCUGUCUACUUUAAAAGCACCAAGAUCUUACGGCAGCGGAUACUGGAGUUCCUGGUCCCUCUAACUGGGCCUUAUGGGAUUCAGCUCAUGGCUUCACUGGGAGCAGUGUGGAGCAGCAGGAAGAGUAAAAGGAGACAUAAAAACAAAGUUUUACCUGUGGCCAGUGAGUCUCGUCUAACCAUUGUGGCUCUGGUCAAAUCACUGCACACCCUGCACACGGAUACCAUCCUACAAUUGGUCAAGGAGGUGGUGAAAAAACCACAUCAGAUCAAAGGGGACCAGAAGUCAACACUGGUAGAUAUACCAAUGCUUCAAUUCAGCUACACCUAUAUCCAGAGCAUUUCAGCUCAGACUCUGCAGGAAAACGUGGUUCCUCUCCUAAGUUUGUUACGGGAAUCUGUUCAGCUCAACCUGGCCCCGCCCGGCCACUUCUUGUUGCUGGGAAUACUCAAUGACUUUGUCAAUAGGCUCCCCAACCUGGACAAUAAGAAGUACACCAGAGACCUGCAGGAGGUGACUCAGCGGAUCCUGGAGGCAGUGGGGGGGAUCGCAGGCUCCUCCCUGGAGCAGACCAGUUGGCUGAGCCGCAGCCUGGAGGUCAAAGUGCAGCCACAGGUGUGCCCUGAUGCAGAGGAGCAUGACGAUGCAGAUGUGGAUGGGGACCACUAUGAGUCAAUGGCUCAAGCGAGCACCAUGGUCUCCUCCUCGGCCCCCUCGGCCUACAGCGUGCAGGCUCUGGUUCUCCUGGCUGAGGUCUUGGCACCACUUCUGGACAUGAUAUACCGCAGUGAUGAGAAGGAGAAGGCCGUUCCUCUCAUCACUCGACUCAUGUACUAUGUUUUCCCCUACCUGAAGAACCACAGUGCCUACAACAUGCCCAGCUUCGAAGCAGGAGCCCAGCUGCUGAGCAGUCUGAGUGGGUAUGCCUAUACCAAAAGGGCCUGGAAAAAGGAGGUCUUUGAGCUCUUCAUGGAUCCCCUCUUCUUCACCAUGGACGCUUCCUGUGCUCCCAGUUGGAAAUCCAUUACUGACCAUCUGCUGACUCAUGAGAAGACCAUGUUUAAAGAUCUGAUGAGCAUGCAGAGUAGCUCUUUGAAACUGUUUACCAAUGUAGACCAGAAACCCAUGCUGCUGAAGCGCCAGGCGUUUGCCAUGUGCAGUGGAGAGCUGGACCAGUAUCAUCUGUAUCUGCCUCUCAUUCAAGAGCGUCUCACUGAGGCUUUGCGUAUGAACCCUAGCCCUAACGUUACCGCCCAGAUGUUCCUGAUGUUUCGUGUUCUCCUAUUGCGGAUUUCGUCCCAGCACCUCACAUCUCUUUGGCCAAUCAUGGUCACAGAACUGAUUCGCGUAUUUGCACGUCUGGAGAAAGCUCUGCAGUUAGAGAAAGACAUCUCAAAGCAGACUAAAGUAGUGCGGGGAGCCGUUGACAAGAAUGGACCUUUCAAUUUCUCCCAGGCAGAGUUGGAUAUGUACUUGUCAUCCUGCAAGUUUCUGGACACCUCCUUGGCUUUUCCUCCAGAGAGGAUGCCUCUCUUUCAGAUGUAUCGUUGGGCAUUUGUCCCUGAAGUGGAUGUGAACCGCUACGGCGGCCCAGAGACGGCGCUGAUAGAAGGAGAACUGGAAUGCACUCAGAGUCCUCAUGUUGUCAGAGUACUGGAAGGGAUACAGCAGCGAUAUGGGACACUGAAUGGGCUGAGUGAGGAAUCGUCCACAGAGCAUUUGGAGUUCCCUCUGCUGACUCAGCGCUCCCUGUCCUCCAUCACCCAGCUGGUGCCUUUCUUCCGCACCCUUUGCUGCUCCUUCCAGGGCUCGUCCCCCUGCAGCCCCUCUAUGCCGCACUUCCCAGCAGCAGACUACCCACCAUCUAAUGCAGACACGGUCCUAAAGAGGCUGGAGUACAUAAUUGAAGAAGAGUUCCUGGACUCCGUGGAGAGUUAGAGCUGAAGCAUGAAGCUUUCAUAGACUAAGUCCUUUUCUUAAGCUCUUUAACCUGCAGCCAUAAGAGGGACAUUACUAAAAUAGGCAGUCGGUGAUAACGUUGUAGUGUGAACUACAAAAAAAGGAAAUAUUUUGGAAUUCUGCUUUUUAAAUGUCGUAUCUUUCUAUCUCUCUCCACAUACAUAGGUGUACCUCUGAGGUGCUCUCACAUUGUAAUGCUUCUAUCUUUCUCAAGGACCAGUACCAUCCUAAUUGCAAAUAUUCACAUAUUAAUAUUGUGUCAGUGUCUACUCUUUGUUUUAUAUGGUUUUAGAUAUAUAAUGUAAAAAUAGUCUUAAUGUAAACCAACUUCAAAAAAGGACAUUGUUAUUAUAAUGCAUGCACAUAAUAAUAACUAUAGUUCUAGUCAAUAUUUUUUGUUUGAUGCCAAAAAGCAGAUUCCCUGUGAAAACCUCAUUAAGCAUUGUUAAUGUGAAUGUUUCCUUUACUAAAUGUCUAUCUGACUCUGAGAAUGUAAUGUACUGUAUAUAACUGUAUGGCUGCUGUUUUAGAUGUACUUUCUCUCUGAUCUUCAUUGGAUAUGUCACUAUUAGACCUUACAAACCUUUAGCGAAGAUUCAUGUUGAGAGUUAUGAGUAAGUUACUGAAUGUGAUUUGUGUACACCAUGAAAACCCUUUGAAUUAUGAUUGGGUGUACCGUGCUAAAAUACAUGCUUGCCAUGUUUGGAGUUCAAGGGAAAUCAGCAUUUCUUUGUAGUUGUUGGAUGGAUAGUUAUACAACUGCCUGUUGUGUUUUUUUCCCGCAAUGAUGAAUGCUAAUGUAAUUUAUUUUGGAUGUUUAAAGGACCAUGUCAAGUUCUGAAUUAACAGAAAGAAGACUCAAUACAUUAAAUAUUAAGUUUAAACACUGUGUUUUCACUUUACAAGGAAA